UAGUUCAACAAUUUGUUAACCUCCACAUAUCAGCCAACAUACACUUUGUUGCAAGUUGAUAAUUUUCAUUCUCAGAGUCAAACGAUAUAACAUGGCAAAGAAAAGGGUAUGUGUAAUCGGAGCAGGGCCAUGUGGAAUGACUGCUUUAUGGAACUUUGCCAAGCUGGAGAGCGACAAUCAAGUUGAUGUCGUCUGCUACGAAAAACAGAAAACUUGGGGCGGUCUUUGGACUUACUCCUGGAGAACAGGUACUGAUGGUUAUGGUGAACCAUGUCAUUCUGGUAUGUAUAGACAUUUGUGGUCAAAUGGUCCAAAAGAAUGCCUGGAAUUUCCAGAUUACACAUUCGAAAAACAUUUUGGGAAAGCCAUUCCCUCAUUUCCACCAAGACCUGUUCUCAGGGAUUAUCUAGAGGGCCGCUGGACCAACAAUGUAAAUCUGAAACCAUACAUCAGAUUCAGUACAGUAGUGAGGCAUGUUGAGUAUAACGAAAGAGACAAAAAGUUCACUGUUGAUAUCACAAACCUCGAAACAGACACUUCAUUAAAAGAAUCAUUUGAUUACGUCAUCGUUGCCACUGGAAUUUUCAAUGUUCCUAAUAUCCCAGAUUUCCCUGGACUAGAUACGUUCGAAGGGAGGAUACUGCAUUCGCAUGAUUUUCGCGACGCUAAAGAAUUUAAGGACCAGCGUCUAUUGGUUGUUGGUUCCAGCUAUUCAGCAGAAGAUUUGGCUCUUCAGUGUAUGAAAUACGGGGCAAAAAGUGCUAUCUGUACAUGGAGAACAAAACCGAUGGGAUUUAAAUGGCCAAAAGGAAUUGAAGAAAGACCAUUGGUCCAGAAAUUCGAUGGAAACAUAGCACAUUUUAAAGAUGGCUCGAGCGCGGAAAUAGACGCUGUGUUACUCUGUACAGGGUACAAGUACUCGUUUCCGUUUAUGGAAGACAACCUUCGUCUGAGGUCGACAUUGACCAUGUUUCCGGACAAUACAUAUAAGGGGUUGCUUUAUUUCAUGGGUGAGGACAGCAGAUUAUUCUACAUGGGACUACAAGACCAGUACUACUCAUACACUAUGUUUGAUGUGGAAGCUCUAUGGAUUUGCAAAUACAUUCUCGGUAAGCUUCCCAAUGAACCUAGACCACUCAGUGAAAUGAAAGAAAACUCAAAGGAAUGGUAUGAGAAGCGUUCCAAAUUGAAAACUGCGCAUGAUGACAUAGAUUUCCAGACAGCGUAUAUUGCGGACUUAUGCAAGGAUACAGGUUACAACCCUGAUGUUACAAAGGCUGGAGAAAUGUUUCAUACCUGGGAGAAUGAUAAAGACAAAAAUAUCGCCACCUACAGAGAUCAAUGUUUUACUUCUAUCUUCACGGGCACCAGGUCUCCCGCGCACACCGCUCCAUGGUGGCAGGCAAAGGACGACAGUAUCAAAGCUUUUGUAAAUAAAAAAUAAUUGGAACAGUCUAGUCUAUCAUUAGAAAUAUUUUAUAUAGGAAACAUAAAUAUAUAACCGGAGUUCUUUUAUUUCUGUUUUUGUAAAAAUCAGCCUAAAUGACGAAUGUUAAGGAAUUAUUUUACUAUCAAAAUUCAUUUUAAUCAAUGAAUGGUACCAUAUAGUAAAGAUAAUCACUUAUGUGUUACCAUUUCCGACAUAUAAUUGAACGUGAUGUCAUAUACGUUAAACGAGCUAAGAGUGAACGUGGAGUGAACCCUACGUCAUAUACAUUAAGCUAAGAGCUAGUGUAAUAACAUACACGUGAUUCUUCUUUACUGAAAAUUUUUGUUUCGUAUUUUUGUUAUGAAAUAUAAUUAUAGUACAUUAUAUUUGUAACAUUGUGCUCGCCAGUGGCUCGUAUAUAUAUAUAUUAUAUAUAUAUUUAAUUUUAUUCAAACAGUAUAGUUUUGUUGAAAAACAUGUGACUAACGUUAUACGAAUAUUUACUAUCAUGGAAAAGGCCGUAAAAGACGAUCAAGAAAAGAAAAGACCGUUAUUUUUCAUGUUUGUUCAUUCAAGAUUGCACGAAAUGAAAAAAAAAAUAUUUAAUCAUA